AUGAAAUUGAAUUUAUAUUCAAUGGUAUUACUGACACAUCUAUCGGUCGAUCAUUUAUCUAAAACUCGGGGAAAUAUUGUCAACAUAUCAAGUAUUGCCGGACUUCGAGCCUUUUCAACUAAUCCAGCCUAUUGUAUGGCUAAAUGUUCAAUAGAUAUGUUUACCAAAUGUUGUGCCGCGGAAUUGGGACCGAAAAAUAUUCGGGUUAAUGUUAUUAAUCCGGGACCAAUAAAAACCGGUGCAUUCAGAUCCCUGACCCGGGAACAGGCUGAUACCAUAUUUGAUACGUUGGGCAGCUUUACACCGGUAGGCCGGGCCGGACAAGGCCGGGAAGUAGCCGAUACUGUCUUAUAUCUGGCCAGUGACCAUGCCCGUUUUGUUACCGGUACCCAAUUGGUCAUUGAUGGCGGUAUGGUUGCGGCCAAUUCAUUUCCAACUGAUGUAUUUAAAAAAUUAUAA